GCCGGGGCUGAGCGGCGCUUGGCCGCGGCCGCCCCGCCACGGGGAGCGGGAGCAGCAGAAGGAGCAAGGAGAGGAAGGGGGAGACGGCGGUGGCGCGGGGCGGCCGCGGCCAUGAGCUGCUCGGACGUGGCCAUGCAGCAGCCCGGCCCGGCGGCGUGCGGAGCGCCCCGCUAUCUGGCCGCGCCCGCGGCGGGCUGCGCGCAGAAGAAGUUAGCAGUGUACAAGAUGCAGGAGUCCCUGGAGGUGACCCUUCCCAGCAAGCAGGAGGAGGAYGACAAAGACCAGCCUGCCGAGAUGGAGUACCUGAACUCGCGCUGCGUCCUCUUCACCUACUUCCAGGGAGACAUUGGCUCCGUGGUGGAUGAACACUUCUCCAGAGCUUUGAGCCAAGCCAGUAGCUUCAGUGCAGAGACUGCCCUUUCCAAGAGCAAGGCAGGGCUGAAUCCUCUGUGGAGAGAAAGCUCAGCGAUUUCAAGCCAAAGGAGCGGUUUCCCGACGUCGUUUUGGACCAGCUCUUACCAGCCUCCUCCACCACCCUGCCUAGGCGGGGUGCACCCCGAUUUCCCCGUUUCUGCACCAGGCACCUUCCCGACGGCAGACCCCGGCAGCUGGCCGGGACACGGCCUCCACCAGAGCGCCCCAGCUCCUCCCCCGGCCGCCUCCGAGUCGUGGCAUUACCCUUUAGCAUCUCAGGUGAGCCCCUCGUACGUGCACGAYGUGUACGUGCACCGCCACCACCCCCACGUUCAUCACCCCGCGCCCGGCUCGCACCGUGACCCCCGCUACGGCUCCGUGCUGCUGCCGGCCGUGCGCGCCGCCAGGAUCCCCGCGGCACAGGGUGACGGGACAAAGACCGACCCUGCCGCCGUCACCAGCGCUACCUCAGCUUGGCCUGGAGCCUUCCACGGGACAGUGGACAUUGUGCCAACUUUCGGCUUCGAUACAGGUCUACAGCAUCAGGACAAGAGCAAAGAGACUGCUUGGUUCUGAAGUGCAGAGGAAUCCAGAGCAGCCAGAGCUGGAGUGAGGGUGGUGCAGCAGUGGGUGACUCCUCCUGCGUGGAGCAAAGGACACACAUGAAGAUGAAGAGCCAACUAUUSUGGUUUUGCUAUUGAGCCUUUUAUUUGCAAGGCUGUUUAUGGGUCCCACAGCGUUGRAGAAAAACCAGAAACUUAACUUUUCUUUCUUUCCUCAUCUGAGCCUGCUGCAGCUGGGCAACCUAACUCCUUUCUGCUCCUUUUAACAGUGUUUCGUUUUGUUCGGCUUGGUAUUUUUAUGGACAGUCUCAAUAGUCAGGAAAAAGACUCUCCCUYGGCUACAGUGCGCCUUCUUUCAGGAAUACAGUAUUUUGUAGCUCUUUGUGCAUCUAUUUUUGUAGAAAUACAGAAAGUUUGGGUAAGGAUCGAUGGGCUAUUUUAGGAUGACAUAUUUUUUUAAAAAAAGUUGUUAAAUUGUUAAGUUCUGUUUAAAGAACUUGCUCUCAGAGAAGCACUGGCAAAAAUGUAUAAAAUGCUAUUUUUAGAUGUCUGUGAUGUGUUUGUGCAUUUUGGUUUUUUUUUUUUUUAUUUGUUACCUCAAAUGUCUAUCUUUCCUUUCUUUUUAAAGAGCUAAACUCCUUUGUCUCCACAUUACUAGACUUYGAUGUUUUUGUCCUUUUGUUCAAGCUUAAGCAAGUAUAAUUCGCACCUAAAGUUUCAGCCAAAUGUUUUUUUUCCUGGUGUUAGAUUGUAGUAAAAGUGUUUUUACUUUCCUUGCCUCUAAAGGUGGUUUUGUGCUUUGCUGGUUAUCAGGAACUCGCAAACCCCUUUAGCGUCGAGCAGAGCUGGAGGUUACAGGAACUGCAAUUCCAAUCCAUUCUGUCAAAAUGGACCAAACAAUCCUAAAUCAAACACGAAUUAGGAAUUAAUCAGAAUUAAAUUAGAUGAAUAUGGGCCUCAUCUAUGAUCCUUUGAAGCUGUUGAGCACAGUUCCCUGUGGUUCAUGUUGCAGACACUGGUAAUGCUCACAAAWAUCAGUACAAUCUUACAGGCAGGAUUUCAGCUAAGCUGUUUCAAAGUGAUAACUUACAGCAUGGAUAUUCAGGGAAAACAAACAAACAAAAAAAAAUCCAGGUUUAUAAAAAUAACUGGCUUGUGCAGCCAGGGUCCCUCAUGAUAUUCCCCAAGGUGUUAACAGUGUUGUAUUUCUGUCAUCACCGUUCUCAGCCAUCCCUGUUUGAGAGACACACAGGCUGAGUGGGAAAACCAAGAUACAAACACACRGCUGAGAUAAGAAAGAGUUUAAUUUUCAGGCACGGAGCAUGGUAAAUGGAGUUUUGUCAGGUGGAGACCACAUGGGUGUGUGUGUGAAGGGGAGGGGGCGUUGGGAAGCGCGUGUUGCUCCGAAGUUCAGGGCUCCCUCCUGCACUGCUGCUUCCCUCCAGGCUUUCUGAACUUGAUCCUGUGAAGUGUUGAGUGUUCUCCUUCAUCACAGGAGAGGGCUUGACAUGCUGGCACUGGAGGCAUUAGGAUUGYAUCACAGUUUGGCAAGAGCCUGAAGUCUCUGCCUUGCUGAUUCGAAGUUUCAGGCAGCAGAUAAAUGCUGAACGAACUAUGCUUAAAUAUUGCUUUGAAAUAAAGGGGUUGGAGUCUCUGUGUUGGGAUGAUGAAUUAAAUGUAGUGGGACUUUUCCCCUCAUCUUUAUAGUCCGUAAGUGUUUCUUUCUCUCAAUAAAUUCCCCUCUCAUGACAGUUCUGUAUAGUAUUGCUGCUCUGGUGGAGCUAGCUCUUCAACUGGUCAGUAAAUUGGGGAAAACUGUAUGGGAGGGAGUGGAGUACCAGCUGCCACAGUUGACUUUCUUAUCAGCACAGUACAGUUCAGGAAGGAUCUCAAGAAAAAAAACUCAAGAAAAAGUUCUGGCUUAAGAAUGUUGACAAUAUUAGAAAUACUGGGAAGAAAAAAAAAAUUCCCCCUGGACUUGGCAAUGGUGGAAAUCAAAGAGAUGAUGCGUCCUCUGAACUUUAGGGAGAGAGAGUUUGGGUGGCAGGGGAUGCAAAAGAAAAGGCAUUUCUUGUUGAGGUGUGUUGUGUUUGACUUCCUGAAAUAAAGCCUGACAAGAGCAGUCUGCCUUCCCCUUCCCUGAGGAACCUCCUCUGGUUCCCUGAAGACGUCAAAGCCAAAUGGGACAGGAAAGAACCAGGCCCACAGUUUGCACUGGAGUCUCUUCCUGGAUUGUAUCAUUGAGUUUUUGGUUAAUGGGGGUGAAAAAGUGGUGAAGCUGUUGCCUCUUCCACCUCCAGGACUACUGUUCUACCCCCAGCUUUCACUGCUGAGCCUGGGAGGGAGCUGGAGGAACUUCUGCAAACUCUGGGGGACAAGUGCCAAAAACAACCUGCUGUGGUCUGUAGCCAUUCGUGCACCAGUGCAUCGAUCUUGAAAGUGAAAUAAACUCUGAUUUUCCCCUCAGUCACUCAUUGUCCCCUGUGCUAACAAGUGAGCUGAAAGGAAAAACCUAAGCUUGUAGCAGUAGACCUACUUCUGUGUUCUGCARUUUGAGGGAUGGAAAAGGAGACAAAAAAAAUCCCCAACUUCUUUGUGACAAACUUUUAAGUUAAAUUCAGCAGAUUUAGUUCUCUCUCUCUUCCCCACACACGCACCCUUGCACACACGCACAGRAGGGUUUAUGAGAAGCAGAUGCUGCCAUGGUUUUGCUCUUGAAAGAGGAGGGGAGYACUCGCCUGCAAUGCUGCAGUGCUGGGAACUGGGGGCAGCGAGAAACAGAAAGGUUGAGGCUGCUCAUGUUCCUGCAGAUAGGAAAAAACGCCCUUGAUAUCAGGUCACAGAUAAGUUAUGUGUCUUAAUGCAUUACUGAAGGAGUUGUUUCAUUUCUUUUUCUGUGUGGUGUGUUCUGAUGCUGUCCCAAGAAAGUGGAUGAUUCAUUUUGAGAGGACUUAUAAAACAUGUUGUACUCUGUCACAGGGAAAUUAUUGUUUCAUUUCAAGAAACUCAAAAUAGUGACCUCCUUAAAGUUGUCCAGGAAUUUAUUGUAUUCCUGUUAAUGUUGAGAAAUCUGACAUCAAUUUUUAUGUCUUCAUUUGAAGACUGGGAGGGUUYAAGCUGUCUGCCAGUUUUUGAGAGACAGGUGCCAGUUUUUUUCAAUCCCAGCAAGAAGAUGGAAUCGUGCAGCUGCUGACUGCCCGGGAGGUUGGAAUUCUGGAAUUUCUGGAGAGCUGAAUAAGCUGCACUUGGCAAUAGCAAAAUGGACUGUGUUCUGAUUGCUUCCCUCAGCAGGCACAUAAGUUCAGCUUUCUCUCAAUCAUCCCCCCCCUGCAUCAAAAUGCUUCUGAGUGCGGAUCUCUCAUCACAGCCUUCAGGGAGGGGAGAGUCACAUUUCCCCUCACCUGCCCUUAGGAUUGCCUCACUGCCCCCAGCCUUUCUGCUUCCAGGCUCUUGUGUACAUCUUGCUCUCCCCCUCACACAUCCUUCAUGUGUAUAUUUAUAUUUCUCUGCAAAUAUAUCCAUACACAUCCAGGUGUAGCUGCACCUGGCUCCCUCCGUUCCACCCUCAUGCAUUGAAUGCACAUCCCUUGGAAAUGAAGUGAGUGACUUCACCAAAUCUCAUCUGAGAUGGAAAAUGGAGGCAUUUUAUAGCAUUCUCUGUUGACUCAGGAGUAAAUAUAAUUUUUUGAUACUUGUUAGAAAAACCCCAAACAACACAAUGAAAACACAUSAAGAAAACCUCUUUCAAAUCACCUGAUUUGUAUCAGUAAAGAUGACCAUGGAAUCAGCAGUUGUGUAGAGAGGUGCAAUAUAUUGCCUUUCAGCAGAUAAGCCUAUCUUUAAUUAUGAUUCUUUAAACUAAUUUCAGAUACAAGCUUUUUCUCCAUAUYGGUGGAGCAGCAACACAUAUUUCUUAUAAACAAUUUACAAAUAUAUAUAUUUUUAAGUGGAAUUCCGGGUUUUAGUAUGUCAACCUUUGAGCUUCUAAAGGGUAUUUGGAUGAUAAAUAUUGCU